AUGGUUGCACAAAGAAUUCUCAGCAUAAGCAAUAUCCAAACUGCUGCUAGGCACUGGGUUCCAAUUGCCAAACACCAACUUAUAAAAUACCCAAAAGCACAAUCUAGCCAGCUCAUAUCAAAACAAUUUUACUCAUCAAGGAUAAGAUGUGUAAACUACAACAACAUCAAUGAUAUAUCUUUGGUUUCCAACGACGACAUCAUCAAUGCUUCUGCUUCCACCACUACUACAACCUCAAGCAAAGAAGACGCUGAAUUCUUUGAACCUACUGUAUACUCCUCUGAAGACAUACACACUGCUGGCCCAGUAAACAGAGCUUAG